CGCGGAGCGCGAACCUUCACUGCAACUGCAGGCAUGUCCGGACGCGGCAAAGGCGGGAAGGGCCUGGGCAAGGGCGGCGCCAAGCGCCACCGCAAGGUGCUGCGCGACAACAUCCAGGGCAUCACCAAGCCCGCCAUCCGGCGCCUGGCGCGGCGCGGCGGCGUCAAGCGCAUCUCCGGGCUCAUCUACGAGGAGACGCGCGGGGUGCUCAAGGUCUUCGCCCCGCCCCCGUCUUCCCCCAAAGGCCCUUUUCAGGGCCGCCCACCCCCUCUCGGAAGGGCUGUGCGCGCUCCGGCGCUCCUUUAG